UUAGGCAUGCGUGCGGGUUGGGCUGUGAAGUGACUGGAUCAGCUCCGCUCCCUCACAUUACAUCACUGGACUGGGCUUUUUCCUGCUGCGUCUGGAUUCGCCGAUAAUUCAUCUGGUCCGGUGUGUCUAGAUCGAGACCUGAGAUACUGAGUUGGCCAGUCUAAGGAGGGUUUGAUGGGGUUUGGAUCAUUAUUCUCCUAUUAGGCCCGGUCUCACCCAAGAUAGAGGAAGCCCGGCGGUUAUAUCAGUAGCGAAGAUGGCUAAGCAGUAAUUGAGUCCAUUUAUUAUCAUUUUUUUUUUAAAAAGGGCACAUACGAGAUCAUCCAGCAGGUUCCUCCUACAUUUGACUCUUUCCCUGAUAUCUCUCCUCCAUUAUAUAUACCCACCGCUUCCCCAUCUCCAAAUUGUUCUCUCUCUACACCUACAGUAACCCACCAACCAACACUUUAGAAAGAAAAGCAGCACCCCCAAACAAGAGAAUUAUAUGGGCAAUUGUUUACGCCAUGAAUCAUCUACGCAAUGGGGCGGGGAUGACUGGGGCUCACCGGUGCACGACCGGUUUUAUUCUACCAAUGGAAGCAGCUGGCUAGACAAUAAGGUCAUCAAUAUAGAAGAGGAGGAGUUUGAUGAAGACGAAAAACGCUUAUUACCAUCUUCAAGUACAGAAGUAAAGAUCAAGAUUAGCAAAAAACAGCUGCAGGAGUUGGUGGGUAUGGUUGAAAUGAAAGAAUUAUCAGUAACACAAGUUCUGUCUCAGUUGAUGGACAACAGCUCCAAUCAAUUUGAGUCACAUCAACGAUCGUGGAAGCCUAAUCUGCAGAGUAUUCCUGAGUGAUGCUGAGUUUCAUAAUUGGAAUCUUUCUGCUCCAUUUUUUCUGCUUAAUUUUCUGUAUAUGGUCUGAUUUUGUUAGCAAGACACAUCUUGAAUGUAAUACAUGUUUUAUUGAUUGUGUGUAUAUGCAGUUUGGUUGAACCACUAAGAAAAUGAAGUGAUGUGAGUCAUACCAUAGGUGGAUGGAUGAGAGUAUAUAA